AUGUUAUACUUUCUGUUAUCCAUCGUGCUGGUGACAGCUUCUGUCUAUUCAGACCAACAUUUGGUUGUAGACAUUUCUGAAGAGGGUGUUGCGAUUCAGCAAGAAAUAACAUUGCGAGAUGGUUUGCAGAUAAUCCAUGUGCCUGCGCAUAGACACUUGGAAGAAGUUUAUAUAUAUAUGGACUUCGACAAGGAUUUUCAACUAGUCAAAUUAAUCAAUCAGAAUAAAUGUCAACUAUCUAAACUGAUUCCAGAUAUGAAACCAAUCACAAUUGAUCCCAAACAACGUCAAAGUGCACCAUUAGAUUCAUCAACAAUGUCACAUACACAGAUUGUACGCUUGGAAAAGAGUGAACCACUGACCAAUCUGUCGUAUCUUCGACAAGAAAUGCAAAUGGCUUGUACUGGAUGGCCGACCUUCUGGGUUGAUAACGUGGAUGAAAGCACAUUUUAUUCAAAGAAAAACAAUUUUGAGACAUUAUUGGUUGGUGACAACAAUUAUCAGGUUUCACCAUUUGCACGAGAUUCGUUAUCAUGCCCUCAAGGAGGUGGACACGUUGGCGUACACGUUCAAUGUCAUCCUGAUUGUUUUUAUCAAUUGUGUAAUCCAAGUGGUGGUAUAUCAAAACGAGUCGAACCACGAGUGACUGAUGGUAAUGGUCAAAGUUUAUGUGAUGAAUGUGAAGAUACACAUGAUUUUGAUUCCGAUGAUAAUGAAAGUGUUGCUAAAUGUCAUAAAAAUCAAAAAGAAAAUCGUCCAGUGAGAGUUGACCAUUGUUGGCUGUAUUUACGUGAUGGUGACGAUGUUCCUAACUUGAAAAAGCUUGUACGAUUUGUUUCUUCCUAUUCCUGCUUGAAAUGUAUUUUGUGA